AUGGAUACGGUUCAGGAGGAGAUUACAGUUGCCGCCAUUCAGAGUGAGCUGAAGGCUGCAACACAUUUGUUUGACCAGAAAAUUCGUCGCGCCGUUGAAAAGGUAGACAAGUACCUCAAGAAGGGUACGAAGAAGGAUGACAUCAGCGUUGAAACCAAACUGGUGGAAUUCAAAGAAUGUGCCUUAUUGUUCAACUCGGCGUGCAAGGAGAUGCUGCUGGCGGCGAAAAAAGUGUCAAAAAAAUUGGCACAGUGCGACCCUUUGCGUUCCACCGAGGCGGCGGCACAGCCCAAAUCGCGGAAGACGGAGGAAUCGUUGCAGGAGGCGAAACAGCCGGCUGACGCAAAGGACAAAACUAUUGCGGAUCUUCAAAAGCGGAUAGGGAAUAUAAGAGAAGAUGCCGAAAGGGUUCAAGGCGAACUGCAGCAGAAGUUGUCUGAUGCGCUUGCAGAGGUGACAGCUAAGUCUGAUGAGUGCCUUCGUGUGAAGGCAGAAGGCGAAGAGUGUCGGGAGGAGCUGAGGGUGGCGCAGUCCCAAAUGGCUCUAUUGACUGAUCGUCUCGGGGCGUUGGAACGACGCCGCUCCCACGAGUUUGCCUUGUUGGAGCGUAUGUCAAACGACCAUGAGAGGGACAUCGCCGUCUGGCAGAAGAAGUGCUCACAGGCCCUGCAGGAGGUGGAGUACCUGCGUACGGAGAAGGAGAGUUUGCGAGGGCGCCUGGUUGAUGAAAAACUCCGCGUUCAACUUCGUGAACUGCAGCAGGAGUGCAACCGCCUCCGCGAGGAGAACGCCACCCUUCGUCACGGCGGAAUAGCGGAUGAGACUUCGGUCAAUGACGCAGGCAUGGCGAAAAGAGGCGUGUUUGGGAUGGGGCUGACGACGACUUGUCCGGAGGGGAAAAAUGUUGGCACGGCUGAGAGCCCCGUCGUCGUCUCCCUCGAAAUGGAGAAGAAACGGCUAUUGGAGCAGCUGAGUGUUUCAUUUGAGGAGAAAUUGGCCCUUGAGAGCGAGCUGCUUAUGCUCCGUCAGCGACUUGCUACGGUGGGGGGAAAUACGGAGCAAACUCGCGGGAAUGGGGAAUUAAAAGAUGCGCCGCCGUCGUCUCUUGUGGAUUCGGCGAUGGAUGAAGACGCCAGCAUGCAGCAUGAAUUCCCGUGUGACACCCGCAGUGCCGGCAAAACAGCUAGUAACAGUGGGGACGGCAGCACUUGCGGUUGCGCCGCGACCUCUAAUAGUCAUUUGGGCGUAAAAAACGAGAAACUGCCAAAGAAUUGUGCACACAGCGACAAUGGGGAGAAGAGUCGUGUGCGGGAAUUGGAGGAAUACGUUCGGCAGUUGGAGCUGCAGAUGCGGGAUGUCGUCACGACGGCGACGAUGGCCGUUGACGAUGAACGUAAAGCCGCGGAGCAACGGCUUCAGAAAGAAAUUGCUCUUCAUAGUGAGAUUUAUGAGUCGCAACUAGAAACUCUGAAACAAUACGGCGAGAGACAGGCGCGCGAGGCAAAAGAGGCUGCGCUGCGGUGUCAGCAGCUGCAGGGCGAACUGGACUUGCUGCGGACUACUACAAAAAAGGAGAAGAUUGCACAGCGAGAUCUCUUGUCCGAAGCGGAGCGACGCCUCUCAAUGGCUGAAAAGAAGAUCUUUGCGGUGCGUCUUGACAACGAGCAGCUGAGAGUGAAGGAGCGUGUGCUGAGGCGGGAGUUAGAGAAUAUGAAGGCCCUGCUGGGUUCUCAGCAUGUCUCCACACCGACACCAGCGUCAACACUGUCGCGACAGGAGGCGAAAUUUAACAGCAUUGGUGAUGGCGGCGUUCCCAGCAACAAAGAGCAAAAACUGCAUCCCUGUUUACCUCCCAAUGACUGCUCCGCGGGAAUAACAGCGACCACGGCAACGAGCGAUGCAAAGAGCGACAAAGGAAGCACGAAUGGUGGCAGCCAGGAGUUGGCAUCAACUCCUCGGGGUUUGUCAGCUGCUGAGCGACUGGCUGAAGUCAUUCGUCAGCUGCACGAGCGCUUGACGGCGUUAGACGCGGAGGCUGCACGGGUCACCGAGAAGUACGAAGAAGAGCACGGUGCGAGUACCCAACGUCUCCAGCAACUCCGUGCGGCACUUCUAUACUGGAAUCGUGACGAUGACACUGAUGACAGUUUGAACGGUGUGAACACGAUGGAGAUGCGGCGACGAAUCGAGGCGGAAAUUGGGGCUCUAGUGGAGUCGCAGCGUGCGGCACAGGACACCAUCACGGCGUAUUACGCUCAGGCUGGUAAGAAGCGGGGUGAACUCGUGGAAGCUCUUGAGAAAGCCAAAAAUAUGCGCAUGGCGUUGAAGCGAGAAUGA